AGCAUGCUAGGUCUUCCGGUCACGUGGCCUGUCAUGGCCGCCUCCAUGGCCCGGGGCGUGAGCGCCCGGGUCCUGUUACGGGCGGCCGGGGGAUCUUGGGGACCCAGGGCCGGGCACGCGGCGGUAACAUCUAGGACGUUCGGGACUACAGGAGAGCGGCGUGCUGGCGAGGAGGAGGCGGACAGCCCGGAGCUGCCCCGGGACGUGGUCAACGUGGUGUUCGUGGACCGCUCUGGCAAGCGGAUCCCGGUGAGGGGCAGAGUCGGGGACAAUGUUCUAUACCUGGCCCAGCGCCACGGGGUGGACCUGGAAGGGGCCUGCGAAGCAUCCCUGGCCUGUUCCACCUGUCAUGUGUAUGUGAGUGAGGCCCACCUGGAUCUCCUGCCUCCUCCUGAGGAGAGGGAGGACGACAUGUUGGACAUGGCUCCACUGCUCCAGGAGAACUCAAGACUGGGCUGCCAGAUUGUGCUGACCCCUGAGCUAGAGGGAGUUGAGUUUGCUCUUCCCAAGAUCACCAGGAACUUCUAUGUGGACGGCCACAUCCCCAAGCCCCACUGACAAGAGGCCACUGGACAGACCAGGCCAUGGAACUGAAAAGAAAAGCCACGCUUCCUACUCCAGAGCACGGACUGCCCAGGAAAGAGAAGUUGGACCCACAGUGUGAGACCAGAGCUGCCACUGGGGACAGCCAGUGUCUGAGCCCUGAGGGGGAUGGGUCUCCAUCUUGGGUGUGUCAGUCCACCAGGGAGAAUCGAACUAUAAAUUAAGGAUGGACUCUAACCAGAGCUUCAAUAAAAAGUCACACACA